CCAGUUUCGGGAGCUGAGAGCGGCGCAGUUACACUGUAGCGAGCAGAUACUCAUUGCUUAAGCCCCCCUUUUUGUUUCAAAAAAAAGUUAAUCAAUUUACCAUGCGGGAGAUCGUGCAUGUACAAGCUGGGCAAUGUGGCAACCAGAUCGGGGCCAAGUUCUGGGAAGUGAUAAGUGAUGAGCAUGGUAUUGACCCUACUGGCACCUACCAUGGAGACAGUGACCUCCAGCUGGACCGUAUCAAUGUCUACUACAAUGAGGCAACAGGAGGUAAAUAUGUUCCUCGUGCAAUUCUGGUUGACUUGGAACCUGGCACCAUGGACUCUGUUCGUUCUGGCCCAUUUGGGCAGAUCUUCAGACCAGAUAACUUUGUGUUUGGGCAGAGUGGUGCAGGGAAUAACUGGGCCAAAGGUCACUACACAGAAGGCGCAGAGCUGGUAGAUUCUGUCCUGGAUGUGGUGCGGAAGGAGGCGGAGAGCUGCGACUGCCUGCAGGGCUUCCAGCUCACCCACUCACUGGGCGGGGGCACAGGGUCGGGCAUGGGCACCCUGCUGAUCAGCAAGAUCCGCGAGGAGUACCCCGACAGGAUCAUGAACACCUUCAGUGUGGUGCCCUCACCCAAGGUGUCCGACACAGUGGUGGAGCCCUACAACGCCACCCUCUCUGUCCACCAGCUGGUGGAGAACACGGACGAGACCUACUGCAUUGACAACGAGGCGCUGUAUGACAUCUGCUUCCGCACCCUCAAGCUCACCACCCCCACUUACGGCGACCUCAACCACCUGGUCUCUGCCACCAUGAGUGGCGUCACCACCUGCCUCCGCUUCCCAGGCCAGCUCAACGCUGACCUGCGCAAGCUGGCAGUCAACAUGGUGCCCUUCCCCCGCCUCCACUUCUUCAUGCCUGGCUUUGCCCCCCUUACCAGCCGGGGCAGCCAGCAGUACCGUGCCCUGACAGUGCCCGAGCUCACCCAGCAGGUGUUUGAUGCCAAGAACAUGAUGGCAGCCUGCGACCCCCGGCAUGGCCGCUACCUGACAGUGGCGGCUGUCUUCCGUGGCCGCAUGUCCAUGAAGGAGGUCGAUGAGCAGAUGCUCAACGUCCAGAACAAGAACAGCAGCUACUUCGUGGAGUGGAUCCCCAACAAUGUCAAGACCGCAGUCUGUGACAUCCCACCCCGUGGCCUCAAGAUGGCAGUUACCUUCAUUGGCAACAGCACUGCCAUCCAGGAGCUCUUCAAGCGCAUCUCAGAGCAGUUCACCGCCAUGUUCCGCCGCAAGGCCUUUCUCCACUGGUAUACAGGUGAAGGAAUGGAUGAGAUGGAGUUCACGGAGGCUGAGAGCAACAUGAAUGAUCUUGUGUCAGAGUACCAGCAGUACCAAGAUGCUACAGCAGAGGAGGAGGGAGAAUUUGAAGAGGAGAUCGAGCAAGAUGAGGCUUAAACAAACAAAAACCCUCUUCAUUCCUUUUUCCCUGUACAUAAAACGUCCUUUUUAAAUUGUGUAAAUGAGCAAGAUUCGUGGGCUUUUACAGGCUCUGCAGGGCUCGAGUUUAAAAUCCCUGCAUGUGAGAAACACUGGCCAAUUUGAUUAGUCCCAAAUCUGGGCAAACUAUCAUCCCAAGUCCCACUUGCACGCCCAAAUUGAAAUUGGCUGUGUUUGCCAUGCAUUUGUGGAAGCUUUUGUAAGUGGCUUGUUAAGCAAAUGCAAUCAAAACUGGGGAGGGAGUCAAAAGAAAAUGUCUUGAAUGUUGAAAAUCUGAAAUUAAGGGGUGGGUGUGGAACCAACUGGAAGAUUGUCUUGAAUUGUUCAGAUGAGUGAAUCCAGCCAGCAGCUGCAUACAAUGAGCUGAAUGUUCAGUCUAUGCUCUUGUCAAUCUAAUGUCCAUUAGCAGUGCAAGUAAGUGUCUGGACUGUGGCCUCCUAACUCCUUUGGGGAACUCGAGCCCUGUGCUGCAGUAUUCCACCGCAAAUCUUUGUUUUGACUGUUUCUGAGCCAUUUUUUUUCUGUUUCAGGAUUUUUGGAUGCCUCCUGUUUAGUACAGCUAGUAUUCACUGUAAUGUGAGUUUGGCAAUACUUGCAGUUGGCACCAGGCAAGCAUUAGGUAUGCAAAUAUUUGUAAUGAACGCUUCCCUUCAAUGAAGCCAAUUCUGCAUCAGUGAACAGGAAAUUGGGGGCUCUGGGAUUAAUGGCUGCACCUGUCCUGUUGCUGGGCAUGUGAUAGCACCUUGUCCAAUGGUUAGUGCCCAGAUCAGAAGAGAAAUUCCCUUGAGCAAGAUUCCAAUGCAUGAAAUGAAACUAGUCUUGUGUUUAGCUAAAACCCAAAUAUAGAGAGAACAUCGAGGUACACAUGGUAUGUAUUACCAGAUACUUUUGCUGAGAUUUGCACCAUUUCUGGCUCAAGUAAUGUUUUGCAAAUAGAGUACCAAGGUUUAAAAUCCAGUUUAAGUCCAUUGAAUUUGAGGUUGACGGUAUGUUAAAUGAAACAGAUUCCACAUUCUUGGUCUGGGGAUGGUUUGAUUUGCCACUUAGGGUGAACUGGUCACAUUACUUGAUCCUCUGUAAAACUGUCUGUUUUUGAGGCAGGUGAACUCUAGAGCCUUGCAGUUGGGCUUUGAGUUGAUUUCAUUUUUACCAGGUGAGGUUUUAAUUGAUUUUUUUUCCACUGUUGAAAUUGACCUGAAAGUAAUUUGAAAAUGUAUGGAAAGUUGUAUUGGGUGUCAAUGAGAUGGAUUGGUGGUGCAUAUAAGCAUUUCAAGUGUGCUUCAUGUAUUUGGGUACUAAUGUUAAUUGGGGUGGUGAUGUGCCAGCUGUUUGGUGGUUAGUAUCAACAUAGCAAAGCUUUUCUUUCCAUAUUUGGCUGCUUUACCUUUGUGGGGAAGACUGCUGUUUGGGUCAUCAAGAAUAAUUUCCAAUUUGUCACACUUCCAUCACCAUGUCACUGAUACAUUGCAUCCUUAAUUUCAAAGACAAAUCCUUCUAUAGUCCUGCCCAUACAAAUGUUUGUAAAUCUGACAUGAGAUCAUCUCCAAGUCCAAUACCAAGUAUCCACAAACCCAGACCACCUUACCAGUGGAUUGAAGUAAAUGUAGCUUUCCCCCACUCAUUGCUGCUUGCAGAAAAGGGUGCUUGCAGUUCCAGUGCCAAUGUGCCUGCUGCCUAGUGAGUUUGCCAAACAACCUCUAACCCAGCAGAACUUUGCUUUGUGAUCUUUAUCCUGUUCUUCAACUUCAUACUCCUGAACUUCAGCUGCCUGUAGUUGAAGUUGAGUUCAUUCAAUGUAAUGUGCCUCUUUUUUCCAUAUUUUGGUUUGUUUAUGUGGGGUGAAGAUUGGUGGCAUCUGAUUUGACUGAGCAGAGGAUCAUAGUUUGUUGUCUGGGGGGGAAUGGAUCUGGUAUUUCAGCAUUUGAUUUGUUAGUGUGAAGGUCACCUGACACCAGUGGCCAUUUUGAGUUGCAACGAUUUUGUAAAUGGCACCUGUGUUUUUUGCUGUUGAGCCAAAAUUCUGGAUAUGUACUGCUUAAAACGUUGACCUGGAAGCUCUCGAGCUUGUUUCCACACUGCUUGCUGAGCACUUUUCAAUCUUUGUCUCGUGGAUUUUUCUCCAUGUUUUUCACCACUUUUUUUAAAAAUCUUUUAUUUGAAUCCUUUUUCCUUUUUUUUUCAUAUUGAAAAGUGUGGAGCUAGCCUGUUUCUUAACUGACGAAUAAACUUUUUUUGCGAUUUAA